GAAGGGAACGGAUUGCUAACCGAGCUAGCCGGAUCCUCCCGAUUAUAGAAACACGGCAGAGCGUGGUCAUGUUGCACACGGUAGGAUUCAUUUCGUGAAAAAAAGCUCGCUGUGGAAUACACGCCUCGCCGCGUGAAAAGAGGCGAGGGGACUUGUUUUUUGACGGAAUAACAAAGCCGGUGCGUGAGGAUUGCAAAUCUGAGCUGUGAGUCAACGUUAGCUGGCCUAGCCGGACUCGGGAGCUCGUCUCCCAAAACAAGAAUGGGGUCUAGGUCCACUCGGAUUAGCUUGCUAGUAAAGUGACCUUUGAUUGUAUUCACUGAUGGCAAAUUUCACGAAUUACCAGGAAGGCAAGGCAGCGAUGUUGAUGGUGGAGACGCAGCAGAGGGACGUGGGGACGAAAUCCGCGGCCGCCACCGCGAACGGAGACGGCUCGGUCGGGGAACCCCCUUCCCCGUUAAUUAAUAUCGGCGGCGGCGGAGGAGGCGGCUCUCGCUUCCAUCAACAUUUACCGCCCUCCAACCAUCACCACCUCAGUCUCCAUAACCCGCCAAAGGAACAACAGCAGCAGCAGCAGCACCAUCACUACCAGCUGGCCCCGCAGCAGCAGCAUCUUUCCGGGGAAAGCACCGCAGAGUCCCCGGGCAGGAAAGCCUCCUCCUCCUCGUCCCUCAGCCAGGUACACACCGCCGAGGACCCCGCCGCUUCCUCCGCCGCUAGCAGCAGCAGCGGCCAUGUAUACGCCGCUGUGAACGUCGCCAACACCUCGGACGUUGUGGAUGAUAUCCGAAAAUGUGGCUAUUUAAGAAAGCAAAAACACGGACACAAGAGGUUUUUUGUGCUCCGGGCUGCCAGCCACCUCGGGCCGAGCCGCCUGGAGUACUACGACAGCGAGAAGAAAUUCAGGAACAGCCUGCGCUCUGCUGCCGCGGCCGCCGCCAGCGGUGGAGCGGUCGCCCCUUCUCCCCCGAAAAGGGUUAUUUACCUCUACCAGUGCUUCACGGUAAACAAAAGGGCGGAUUCCAAAAACAAGCACCUCAUUGCCCUUUACACUAAGGACGAGUACUUUGCUAUUGUGGCGGAGAACGAGCAGGAGCAAGAGGACUGGUACGUGGCUGUCAGUGAGUUGAUGAGUGAGGGCAAAAAAGGGCACGUGGAUUCAGAUGAGUUGGAUGAUGGGUAUGGUACGGUCACCCCUGGUACUGUGUUCAAAGAGGUGUGGCAGGUGAAUGUGAAACCUAAAGGACUGGGUCAAACUAAAAACCUCACAGGUGUUUACCGGCUAUGCCUCUCAACUAAAACCAUUCACCUCGUAAAGUUGAACUCUGAAACCCCCUGUGUUAACCUUCAGUUGAUGAAUAUCAGACGUUGCGGACAUUCAGAAAGCUUCUUUUUCAUCGAGGUGGGCCGCUCCUCCUCCAUCGGGCCCGGGGAGAUAUGGAUGCAGGUGGAUGACUCUGUCGUGGCCCAAAACAUGCACGAGACCAUCUUGGAGACAAUGAAAGCCCUGAAAGCUUUUGCAGAGUUUCGGCCCAGGAGCAAGAGCCAGUCGUCGGGCUCCAACCCUAUGCCGUUUAUCACAACACGGCGCCACCUGGGCAACCUGCCACCGAGCCAGACUGGACUGCAGCGGCGGUCGAGGACAGAGUCAGUGGUUGGCACGCCGCCGUCAAGUAAGAGCUCUGGGGCGAGUGGUUAUCGCUUCCGAACAUCCAGUGAAGGCGAGGGGACAAUGAACCGGCCGUUCCGCUCAGCCACAGGAAGUCUGGUUCACCUGAACUCGGCACGCGCCCAUCAUGGUCGCCAGGAAGGGGGUGGCAGCAGCAGCAGCGGGAGUGGUGUCGCCACAGGAAACGCUGGCACGAGCACAGGCAGCGGGCGCUACGUCAGAGCAAUCCCAGGGUCGACAUCCACCUACCACGCCCGUUCCGCCUCGCUGCCAGUCUCCCACUUCCCAUCCACCACCAGUCCAGUAAGCGUCUCCUCCAGCAGUGGCCAUGGCUCCGUCUCCGACACGCUCACCCGCCCGUCGAGCGCCUCGAUAUGUGGCUCCCCAUCUGACGGAGGCUUCAACUCUUCAGAUGAGUAUGGUUCCAGUCCUGGUGACUUCCGGUACUUCCGGGUGCGGAGUAACACGCCAGACUCCCUUGGCAACACCCCACCAAUCAGAGAAGAGAACUGUCUAAAUGAUUACAUGGCCAUGGGCUGGAACCGGGAGGUCUUCGGCACCAGUGGAGGCUCUGGAAACAACAGCGGAGGUGACACGCCACGGGAUGAGAGCACGUCGACAGAGGAGGACCGCUUUUCUUCGUCGUCACUGAGGAGAAGGACACACUCUUUCACCAGACCAACCGGUGGUGCAACUGGCGGUUCUGGAGUGGCAGUUUACCAGAAAAUGACCCAGACCAACUUCUCAUUGGACGAGGGGUCAGAUGUCGUGUUACCAUUUGGCAGCGGACUGCUCCGUGGUGGGCCAUCCUCCUCCUCUUCCUCGCUGCGUUCUGACUACAGCUCCUGCUCCGAGCACAGCCAGCAGAGCCGUCCCUCCACGCUCUCCCGGACGGAGGCCAGCGGUGAGCGCCCGCCCCUCUCCUCCUCCUCUGCCAAGGAAGACAGCGGCUACAUGCCUAUGAUGUGUGGCGUGGCUGCGUCGCCACGGGACACUCCUCCCGACUACAUGCCUAUGCAACCCAGCUCUUACUCACAUCCCAUUUCCCAUUCCCCCCAGUUUCACAGUCCAGCUUUAGGUCCCCGUUCAGCCCACCACCCUCCACAGAUCCAGUCCCAAUCCUCCACAGACUCCCACGGUUACAUGAUGAUGCUCCCAGGGGGCAGCGGCAGCUCCCCGUCUCCAGGUCAGGCCUCCCCCAGCCCUCACAGUAGCUCCAGCAUGGCAGGUGCCAGUGGAAGUGACAGCAUAGCGGAGAGACCUGAAAAUGGAGAAUAUAUGGACAUGUCGUACUGCAGCGGUGGGGGGCGCAAGCUCUCAAAUGAAGGGAGCGGUGCGUAUUACACACCUGGCACACCUGAGAGCACCCCAAAGUCUUACAGCCCUUAUUUCUCCCUCCCUCGUUCCUACAAGGCCCCCACCAGAGAGAGGGAUGAGAAGGAGUAUGGGGAGUAUGUUCCUAUGAGUUCUCCUGCCAAGCCAGUAUAUUCAUCAGUUGCCACAGCUUCCAUGUCAACACCAGAGAAGAAGGGUGGAGGAGGUAGUAGCACCUCCACUCCCUCUCACCCACCCCCGCCUUAUGGAGCUCACCAUACGACUGCAGCAAUGGCUGACCGACGCGUCGUGAGGCCAAACCGCCUCCCUUUAGGCAGGAGAAGUUUCCAUGGUCCACUGCGGGUUAGUGAGCCCUCCACAGCGUCUGCAGGCACCUCCACCUCAGUCUCCGCCACUGUCAGCUCAUCUGAAAGGCCCUCCAGUCCCGGGGAGUAUAUUAACAUCGAGUUUGGGGAUCACUACCCCCACCAACAACAGCCCCCUGCUUAUCCUCUCUCUGCCCAAGACGAAGCGCCUUCCCUGGGAUCCAGUGACCACCGUCACUCCCCUCACCAGGACUACAUGAGUGUGGAGGUAGCAGCUGACCAGCAGGACAGCGCUGAAUGUCUGGGUAAAAACCAGUCACCCAGACCCAGUCUUGUUGCCCCCUGGAACCCACCCAGCUAUAUCCGACCCCUGGCUAGCAAUCCCGGGGCGCUGGCCUCCCCUGGAGUCCCCGCCGGUGGUCACUGGAGGUCAAUGGGGGAUGACUACACAGACAUGACAUUUAACCUCAGCAGAGGUGAGAGGACGCAAACGAGCCCCACAGCCAUGCUGCAGCAUCUCUGUGUGAUAGAGGGACAUUACGGCCACGCUCCCUCCUCCUCCUCCUCAUCCAUUUCUCCCCCUCUCCCCCCGUCAAGCCCUGGAAGGGCGCCGUCACAGCAGGUGGAACCCAAAGUGGUUAGGGCCGAUCCCCAAGGCAGAAGAAGACACAGCUCGGAGACGUUCUCCUCCACGUCCUCCUCUAAUUCAACUCCCUCUGGAGGAGGACUAGCCCCAUCAUCCUCAGCCACCCACCCGACACUGGCCAGCUCCACAGCCCCCAACGGAUCUUACCUAACGGAGGGUCAGGCUUCCAGAUGGGCCAGCUCCGCAUCUUUUGACAGCAUGUGGGUGUCCAUGGAGGGUCUAGGGGACUCACCGGCUCACCAUGCUCCAAUAAGAGCCAUGGAAAUGGGCGCAGCCUCCGGGACCUCAGCAUCCUCCUCCUCGGGGGCUGGAGCCGGCAGAAUGUGCAGGAACAUGUCUGUGGGCUACCAGAAUGGCCUGAACUACAUUGCCUUGGAGCUGAGGGAGGAUGGGAGUAACACGGGAGCCAUGACGUCGGGAACCGGUAGCAGCAACGGGAGCUCGGUGGCGGCGGUGGCAGGGACGGUGCCUCUGCCGGAGAACGGAGCCUACGCCAGUAUAGACUUCACCAAAUCUGAUGGAGUCACCACGACAACCAAGGACUGAGCAACGGGACGACAGAGGUUCCCCACCUUCCUCCUCCUCCUCAUGUCUCUGCUCGGGGCACUUGACUCUGCCUGUGACCUUUGGCCUCCCCCUCCCAUCCCGCCGGCGACCUCUGACCUCUUCACCCAGACUGAGAAGCCGCUCCCUUCUGGAUGCAGAAAACAACAACAACAUAACAACAGAUGACAAAAACGCUUGCAGUUUUUUAUAAGUGUAUUUCAUCUUUUAAUUUUUUUUGUGUUUUAUAUGCAUAUCUUGUCCUGUUUUUUUUGUUUUCAUUUCCCCCCCCUCUCUCACAAUCGAUGCUGCCAGUGUGCGCUGCUUUUUUUCAACAGACAUCGGUCAGUGAACUUUGGUUGAGGGGGGUGUCGGCAGAACCCAAGGUAGUCUUAUUAUCAGAUGGUUCUGCUUCUCCGUACGGUAUUAAAAAGGGAGGCUGGAAAUACUAAGCAAAGGCAUUAUGGUACAAACUUGGAAACUUUUAUGUUGAAUUUCAAACGUUAAUUUUUAUUUUUAAUUAUUUUUUUUACCCCAUGCAUAACCCUUCCUCAGUACGGUACCAUACAGUUAUUACAUUGUGGACAAAGUCAUAGUAGAGAAUGUAUUUUUUUUCCUAAUGAAUUACCCCUUAAAUGGUACGAGCUCAUGGCUGGAUCCAUUUUAGCCUCAGAGGCGACAAGUGGCAUUGCACACGUACCGUGCUUGUUCCCGUGCUUUUACCAGUCGGGUGUGGCACAGUGUCAGCACCCUUUUUGGAUCGCUAUUUAAAAAUUCAAACUGGGGAAACAGAGCUAUGGUACAGUGCGAGUAUGGGUUUAUCAGAGUGUACUGAUACAAUGGGAAACCUUAAAAGCAUUAUUCACAUAUUACUAUUUAUUUGUUGCGAUAGGUACACAUAUUCCAGUACAUUUCUUUGUUUGCUUUCAAGACAGCAAUGGUACUCAAUAGGGCGGGGGAUAAACACCAGUCACCAGUCCAGUGCUGGAAAGUUUAGUCUUUGUCUCCUCUCCAAGCUACUUUGCAGAUAAUUGAUGUGUUUAAAGGGAUAGUUCAACAUUUUGGGAAAUGCGAUAUUUCAGUUUUGCUGCCUUCACAUGGACGGUACACGGCACAAGGACAGUACCUUCUUAUGGAGACAGAUUUGAGUCAAUAGAAACACUACACAAAUACAAAAAGAUUUGGCAAAAAAUAUAAAUAUUUAAACUUAAAACGGCAAUGCCGUCUACUGCUACUGUUGCCAAUAUUUUCAACCAGUCUCACCUAACUUUAUCAUCCUGCUAUCCUCCAGUAAAAUGAUAUCUUAUGUGUGCCGUCUACUGUCUGCCUGAUUUCAUGUGAACGCACCACUGUCUGUUAAAUAUGAAGCAUACUGUUUUAUCUUUGCAUAAAGACCAUAAGCCAGGGUUAGCAUGUUAAUGUCCAAAACUCAAAUGUACCGACCAGUACCUCUGAAGCUAAUGGAAUAGUAUGAUAUAUCCUGUUUGUUUAACCUGUUUAACCCAAUGUAAAAAUGAUUAUUUACUGUAUUAUGGGCAGGACUAUUUCCUGAAGUCUUCCCUCUGUAAAACGGCAAAUUACCGCUUUUACAUUUGGGUUUGUGUGCAGGUUAAACAAACACGGUCUAACAUGUUAAUAAGUGAACUUCAGAGGUGCUGGGAGGUGGAUUUUGUUACCUUUGCACAGAGUAAGGCUUUAAGUCUUUAUGCUAAGCUAAGCCAACUGUCACUACAUAUUGAACGGUCUAAUGUUAGAGUGAUAUCAAUCUUCUCAUGUGACGCCAAGCAAAUAAGCAUCAUUCCCAAAAUGUUGAAAAAGAAAACAUUAGUAAGAAAUCAAAGUAGCUUGUAGAGGUUUUGGAAACUCGGCCGCUGUGCCCGACGGAUGGAAAAAGACGUUUUCCCGCCCUGCUGCUCGGUCGGCUUGUGUUAUCCGAAAUUGAAGCAACUGUUAGUAUUUAUUUAUUUUUUUUAUUUUUUUCAGUUUUACCUCAUACAGUCCGUAGCACAGUUCAGGUUAGUGAGGGAGAGUGGCACCAACACACACACACACACACACACACACACACACACACACACACACACACUCACACUCGCAACGCUGUGAAAGGUAAAAGCACAAAGUACAGACGUUGACACUGGGAUGCAAACACUAGCCUAAUGCACACACAAACGAAAUCUCUGCAAGUGAACUCUAUACUGUACGGCAGUGGCAUGUAUGCACACACACACACACACACACACACACACACACACACACACACACACACAGACAUGUCUGUACGUCAUGAAGACGCAUGUCAUGGUCAUGUGGCAUCUCCACUGCCUGCUCUCAUAACACAUACAGUAGUCAUGCAGCCCUAGAAAGGCGAGGGUAACUCCUGUGUGCUCCCAUUUCGGCUCUUUGUCAGCGGCUCUUGGUGACGCACAUUAACACACACACAUACAUAUAUAUAUAUAUAUAUAUAUAUAUAUGCAUGCUGGAAGCUGGGGGGUUCGUCACUGGCUCUGAGUGACGUAAAGAGGUUUCGAGUAACCGGAGCUCCAGCCCCAGGUGCAGCGUGCUGGUCAUACUUGCCCUGCUACAACCUCACACACACACACACACACACACACACACACACACACACACACACACACAUUUAUGCACACACAUAUUGGGACAGGCAGUGAACACCCACAUCAAUCAGUCUUAGCCGGAGCUUGCUGCCUCUUCUCUCUCACACUUCCAACAGACUGAGACGCCCAUAUUUAGCAUUUCUACUCAUGCUCCUCUCCCAUGACUUUUACCCACACGGCUGUUUUCAUAGAAAGAAAAUGUGCUUAAAUAAAAAACAAAGACUGACAGC